AUGGUUGUUAUCACGUCCAUGCUCAUGGGAGGAUUUGGUGAAGUUUGUCAAGAUUCAGCGCCUCUUGACAUCUACAGACAACUCCAUCAUUUCCAGCACACAAGAGAAAGCUAUUAUAGCCAUGUGCCAGCACCUGAAGUUACCAAUCUAAGGGAGUUUCAGUUGGAGCCCAUCAACUCUGUUGCAGCACUGCUUCACUGGAAGGCCUUGUUGUUAAUAGCAGCAAGGUUGGACACAGAGGAGAGGGAAUACUGGAGGGAAAUGUUUCCAGCACCACCAGGAAUGCUGCCCCAGCGACAGAGGCCUCAGGCGUUCGAUGCGCACUUUCAUCUUGACAGGACACUGCACUCCAUGGGUUUACCUCCACGUGCCAGUCUCCAUGCCAUUUUUAAUGGCACGGAAGUGGAAGAAGACAAAGAGGUAGACGUGGUCGGGACCUACGCAUCGUUCUGCGAUCCAGAUACCUAUCCUAGUGCUGAGCGUCUUUUAGACCUGCCUAGGGAUAUGGUUGUCGCUGUGGGACUCCAUCCGAAGACAAAGUUCCAGAGCUCCCGAGAGGUUGACGACUGUUUCCGUCACUUGCGGAAACUAGUCCAGCAGGAGAGGGUAACCGCAGUUGGAGAGGUUGGACUGGAUCAUAGUGUGCCGAUGAGAGACUGGCAUUACAUAAUGGUGAACUUGCAAAAGAUCCUACCCUUAGUGACGACCCGGCAUGUGCUCGUGCUUCACUGCCGUGGUAUGAGCCAUGACAACGGGACUGAGGUUUACAUGUUGCUAUUGAGUCUCGUGAGACAGGGAGUGUCGCGGGACCAGAGGAUAUAUCUUCAUUGUUUCAAUGGAGAUAGGUAUGUCCUGGACCAAUGGACUACGGCAUUCCCAAACCUCUACUUGGGAUUCACCAGGCUUGUGACCUCAUUCACUCCACAUCAGUCGGAGGCACUUAGGAAAGUGGAAGAGGGACGGAUAUUGCUGGAGACCGAUGCCCCGUACUUUUCAGUUCGGGGGAGACCAUGGUCAGCACCAAACCAGCUAUACUCCGUAGCAGAAUCUGUGGCAGCUGUACUCCAGAUGACCCCAGAGCGACUCCUGGAGAUCACCACAGCCAACGCCAGGAGACUAUUCCGCCAGUAG